GUUCGCGACGCGGCCCUGGCCCUCGCGAAUGUUCGCGAUCGUGGCGACCUGGCUCGCGAUAGUGGCGGCCUGGCUCUCGAUCGUGGCCUUCUGAGCUUCGAUCGUGGCGUCGUUGCUCUGAAUCUGCUCAUGCCAUUUGAUGUAGUCAUCGCGCUGCUUCAGGGCACGAUCAACCACGGAGACGAUCACGCGGCGAUGAUCAUCAGCCGACUCGAGCUGCUGGUUCAUAUCAGCAACCAUGCGGUCCGCCGUAUCCUCGACGGGGCCGCUCCGAACCAGCAGCUUGACACCGCCAUCAAGCACAAGGCCAACAGCCUCAAGAAGGCGAAGCAUAUGGACCGCAAGGUGAUGCAGUGCUUCAAGGCGUACGAGAAGGCCAAGAAAAAGGCCGAGGACGCCGAGUACGCUUGGCUGCAAGCGUGUGAGCACGCCGUGGCUCGCCAGGACUGGAAGGAGGACAAACAUGUCAGGCUGACCAACGCUAACAUCACCAAGGUAGCAUGCAAGGCCGAGUUCUUGUGUGCAUCGAAGAAGGUUCUCGAGAAGUUCAAGAAGUUCGAGGCCGCCAAGAAGAAGAUGGAGGAGGCCAAGAGCGAGUGGAUGGAGUCGAUCGGUGAUCGCAUCGAUGCCCACGCUGAGUGGGAGAACGCGUGCGAGCAGCACGCGAGGCAGAAGACGGGUGUGCUGACCAGCACCGCAGAUAAGAAGUGGCAGAAGGUAACUGCAUUCUCGCGCUUCCUUUCGGCGUCUGAGGCGACCAAGUUAAAGAGCGGCGACAUGUCGCAGAAGGCGAUGAUCGCCAUGGCGUGCAAGAGGGCCCAUGCGAUCGGUAUGUACACUCUGUCCGAGGGGAGCAAGGGUCAACUCGCAGCGGUGGUAUCGUCCCAACUCACUGGCGUUACCAACGACAUGUGGCACGACAUCCUGGUGCAGGUCAAGCUGAAGCUGGCUACCAUGAAGGCACGAGACUGGAAACACAGAACUAUAUGGGAAUACGAUUCUCCAGACUCCCUCGAGAGCGAAUCGUGGUACUAUACCGCGUACCCCGAGGGAGACCCGCCACACGGGCAGGACUGGUACAUCGACGAGCCCGACUUCGUGCGACUGAGCAGUCGCUUGAUGAAGGGCGGCAAGCAAGCGGCCAAGCAAGUGCGGGACGACCGCCCCGCCCCGCCGCCGCCGACCGCCCCGCCUCCCGCCAUUUGCGACUUCGGCGCCUACCAAUCCAUGUACGGGACGAUGAACGCGUACCAUAUGUACGCUCAUCCAGGAAUGGUGCCUCCGCCAGGGAUGGUGCCUGGCCAAUCGUCACACUCUUGGUCGCCUCCGCCAGGGAUGAUGCCGAAGCCCAAAGCGCCACCGCAAGAUGCGCCCUCACCACAGGAGGCGCCCCCGCCUGCGGCCCCACCAGCCGCGGGAGGAAUGCCCGCCCCGCUCGGCGACUUAUCUGAUGAGGAGGCAGCGCUUCGCAAGACAAUGCGCAAGCGUAAGGAGGCCGUGGCCCUGAGUAAACGUCCAGCAGCUGCUGGGGGCGAUGCCGAUGGCGUCGAGGGCGCCGACGACGAUGGCGACGAACUCGCCGACGAGGAGGGGGGCCCGCCGAAGAAGGUCAUGAAGGGCGCCCCGCCGAAGAAGGCCAUGAAGGUGGUCAUGCGGAGGCCCUCGGCGAAGCCGAGGCCCACGGCGAAGCCGAAGCCGCUGCCCAAGGCCCCGCUGACGGGGGCCCCGAAGAUCGAGUACCGCGCGGGGUAUAUACUCACGCAGCCAGACAAGUCCCAAUACAGGGCUGUCCUGGGGCGGUCCGACAGGCGCAUCCGCUGGGACACGGGCAGCACGCGCCAGGAGGCUUUCACCAAAGCGAUGAAGUUCAUAGACGUUGGCUGUGAGACGGAGCCCAGUUGGUUCCAGAGAGGCGGCGACAACACGGCCACGCUGGUUGGUGCAGCCCGCAACUGCACCCUGUG